AUGUCUUUACCUGAAAGUCAAAUUGAUGCUGCUCAGCGCAUGUAUACUGAGCGCGCCAGUAACUAUGAAGAUUCGUGGCAUCCGGACUAUAGCAGACGCUUUAUGGAACUUGUCCCUGUUCAUCAAGGCGAUCUUAUUCUCGAUCUAGCCUGCGGAACUGGUCUAGAAGCUGUCAUUGCAGCGGAUCGCGUUGGCGAUGAUGGACUCGUCAUCGGCGUCGAUAUCACUGAAGCAAUGCUUGCUGAAGCACGCAAUAAACUGAAUCAGGAUGAGCUUCUGGCUCGCCGUAUCAAGCUUGUUCGGCACAAUGUCACUGAUCUGACAGACUGUUCGCAUGUAACAGAGGGCAAAUUCGACCUUGUCAUCUGCUCAAGUGCGUUUGUUCUGUUUGACGAACCCGAAAAGGUUGUUGCGCAUUGGCGUAAAUACCUCAAGCCCGGUGGAAGGGUCGCUAUCGACAUAACCCACGAGUACAAUCUCCGCGCAGGCCUUCUGUUGGAGAAAGUAGCUCAACGUCUGGGCAUGUCGUUCCCCGCGAACCGGAGUUGGAUCAAGUCAAAGGAAUCAUUCAGCGACAUACUCAAGAACCAGGGAUUCAUAAUCGAGGAAAUCCAAAACUUGGAGAAGGCCAUGGGCUUCGGAUCGAGGUAUUUCAGCGUGGAUCAGGCUGAUGAGCAGUUUGACUAUGUUGUCAACGGGCCUCUUACGGCCUCCAUUAUCACGGACGAACUAAGAUUCAAGGGCAGAGAGUAUUUCAAAGAAGAAUGGAACAACGCUGCAAUAGAUUGCAAGGUUGAGGAGUCCGAUACUGUCUAUGUUUAUAUCGCCAGAAAGGCCUGA